AAAGUCAAUUCCUCUAUUUCUUAAUUCAGAAAUGGCGUAAGGAAUACGGGAUCUUUUAAAGUCAACGGAUAGCAAAGAUCAUUUUUGUUGUGCAUUCUCUCGAAUUGGGGAUCGGCUUCGUGAAAUCAAGCUUCUGUUCUUCUUCUUCUCAAUGGAGGGUGUAGCACUAGCAGUCGGAGGAUGGUUAGCGCAGCCUGUCAUCAACAUGCUUGUCGACAGGGUGUGGACGCUGAGAGGAAAGCUGCACGGCCUUCAGGACGAUGACUUGCAGAAGCUACAUAGAUCUCUGCUGAACAUCCACACGAUCGUCGACAAAGCAGGGAUGAGAUGGAGCAGGGACGCAAGGUUAGUCGAGAUGAUGAAGCAACUCCAAGAUGCCGCUUACGACGCCGAAGACUUCCUCGAUGAACUGACGUUCCAUGGCAUGAAGCAAAAGAUUAAAGAAGAGGCAAGUCACAAGGUUCUUAACCAAUUUUCUAGAGCUAUUAGGGACGCCAAAACUAAAUUGUUCAGUGAUUCUGUCAAAAGACUGAACAAGAUUCAGAAAAAGUUGGAUGAUAUUUAUGCUGAUAUGGAGAGAAUGUGCCAAUCAUUACAAGUGGAUGCAUCUGAUGGGCAAUAUCAAUCUGAUUUGGCGUCGACCACACGAGAAACAAGCUCUUUGUUGAUCAGCAAAGUGCUUGGCAGAGAGGAAGAACAACAGAGAAUAAUAGAGCUAUUACUAAGAUCAACAGACGAGUCAGCAAGUGACAACGGCAGUAGCUUCUCGGUCAUACCUCUUGUCGGAAUAGGUGGUGUUGGGAAGACUACUCUGGCUCAGCUUGUUUACAAGGAUGAAGAGAUUCAGAACCAUUUCGCCCACAAGAUUUGGAUUUGUGUGUCCGAGAAUUUUAAUGUGCAAAGACUCACCAAGGAGAUGAUCGAGUCUGUAACCGAGACUGAACAUUCUUCACACAUGAAGUUAGAUGUUCUCCAAAACAUUCUCAAAAGGGAAAUUGCAUCUAAGAUGAUUCUGUUAGUCCUCGACAAUGUAUGGAAUGAAGACGAGGAGGAGUGGAGAAAGUUGUGUUCGCCAUUCAUGUAUGCUGCUGCAGGAAGUAAGGUCAUAGUGACAACUAGGAGCUUGAGCAUUGCCAACAAAAUUGGUUCAGUGGAGGCGAUUGUUCUUGGUGAUUUAGGUGAAAUAUCUUUUUGGGAGCUGUUCAAGCAAUGUGCAUUUGGUCCUUCCAAACCUGAGGAGCACCCAGAACUUGUGGAAAUUGGGAGAAGUAUAGCUUCGAAGUUGAAGGGCUUGCCACUGGCAGCAAAAACAGUGGGAAACUUGUUAAGAUCCAACAUGAAUCCACACCACUGGAGAAGUAUAAUGAAGAGUGAGGUGUGGGAAUUGCAACAGAAUAAUAAGAAUGAUAUUAUUCCAGUCCUACAACUGAGCUAUCAAUAUCUUAGUGCACCUCUCAAGCGGUGUUUUGCCUUCUGUUCUCUCUUUCAAAAGGAUUACAAGUUUUCUAAACUUGAAUUAACAAGAAUGUGGAUGGCCGAAGGGUUCGUUGUAGCUCAAGGAAAUCAGAGGAUGGAAGAUGUAGCAAGUCAGUACUUUCAUGAGUUGGUCAACAUGUCUUUGUUUCAACAAGAAACAUCAUCAUCAUUGGAGCAUUAUUUCGUGAUGCAUGACCUCAUACAUGAUCUAACACAGUCGGUUUCUGUGGACGAAACAAUUAGGAUGGAUAAUGGCAAGUCCAAUAAGAUAUCAACCACCCUCCGUCAUCUAGCAGUUGAAACAGGGUUCAUAGAGACAAAAGAAUUGAGGUCCAGAUUCAAGAAAUUGCAUUCUCUAUUCUGCCAACAUCUAAAGUCACCACCCCUUGACUUUAUUGAAAAAAUAAGAAGCAUUCGUGUAUUGGUUUUGUCUCAUUGUAGGUUGCAUAUGCUGCCUACGAGUGUUGGUGAAUUGGUACAUCUCCGGUACCUGGACAUUUCUAACAAUGAAAUAGAAAAAUUGCCUGAAUCACUGUGUAAACUCUACAAUUUGCAAACACUGAAAGCAAACUACAACUGGCUCGGAAUCUCUUUUCCAGAUAUAAUUCAGCUGGUUAACUUGAGGCAUCUUGAUGUUGACAAUGAAGUACUUGGAAUGAUAAAAAUGAUAGGAAGGCUAACCUCUCUUCAAGAAUUGUAUAACUUCCAUGCGCAAAAGGAAGUUGGAUUCAAGAUCACAGAGCUAAGUGGUUUGAAGCAGCUUCAUGGAAAACUCAGAAUUACUAAUCUGGAGAAUGUUGAAAGUAAAGAAGAGGCUGAAAAGGCUCAAAUGAAGAACAAAGAGUACCUUGAUGCUCUAGAGUUGAGAUGGGGAUUUGAUUCCAAGUUGGAUGAUAACAAGUUAGUUGUCAUGGAGGAGGUACUUGAAGGACUGCAACCACAUGAGUCACUAAAACGAUUAAAGAUCAGGAGGUAUUGUGGUGCCACAUCACCUAGCUGGAUGAAAAAGGAGGAAUUAUCCAACUUGGAAAUACUUAAGUUGAGCUACUGUAAGAGUUGGAAAGAUAUUUCCUGCACUGCAUUGCUGCCGCACCUCAAGGUCUUCCACAUAGAGAGCAGCAUGUGGUUCUCGAAAUCAUGCUUUGAGGUAUGUGGUUCUAGGGAGAGCAAAUUAUUUCCUAUGCUAGAAGAGCUACAGCUGAGGAAGAUGAAUGCAUCAGAAGAAUUGCCCAAUCUUGGACGAUUUCCGUGCCUCAAGGUUGUUCGAAUGACAGAAAUAGAGUCAUUGAAACACAUCGAUUUUGCAGCAUCCGGUGCCACAAAAAAUGCCUUGUUUCCUAUGCUAGAAGAGUUGGAGUUGAGAGACAUGCCUGCGUUGGAAGAGAUCUCCAAUCUAGGACAUUUUCCACGUCUUAGGUUUUUUCGCAUGAUAGGAAUGCCGUUGUUGAAACACAUUGGUCUUGCAUCAAUUGAUGCCACAGAAAAUGAUCUGUUCCCCAUGUUAGAGGAGCUACAGCUGAUGGACUUGCCAGUUUUAGAGGAGCUCCCUGAUCUUGGUUCACUUCCAUGUCUCAAGUCUCUACGCAUCAUAAGGAUGUCUAUGUUAAAACAUAUUAUUGAUUUUGCUUUCUCCAGUGCUACAGAAAAAGUACUACUUCCAAGGGUGGAGACGCUAGUAUUGGAUGGCCUGAAGGCACUGGAGGAGCUUCCUAGUAAUCUCGGACGACUUCCAUGUCUUAAGUUUCUUCAAAUUUUAAAUAUAUCAGUAGUGAAACAGAUAGGCCAUGGGUUCUUUAGCACUGAAGCUAUAUCCAAGUGUUUUCUUAGCUUGGAAAGUCUCUUCAUCAUCGGCAUGCCGGCAUGUGAAGGGUGGUGUUGGAUUGACGGCAGCGAGCUAUUUCCAAGGUUACAAAGACUUUUUAUCACUGGAUGCCCUAAGCUCGAGAGGUUACCUCCUCUCCCUCCUUCGCUUACACAUUUAACACUAGGAAAUGUUGGGUUAACAGAGCUGCCAAGCCUACAGGAACUAGAAACAAAUGGAAGCGGAGGCAAUCAAACGACAUCAUUUCUCUCAAAGUUACAAAUCAGUAAAUGCAACAAUUUGACAAGCUUAGAAGAAGGGUUGCUGUCGCAGAAUCUAUCAAAUAUUGAACACAUUUAUGUAACAGGAUGUAAUGAACUCAUGCGGAUACCUCUCAAGAGAUUUGAAAACUUCACUUCGCUCAAGAAAUUACAGAUAGAAGCUUGUCCCAAGCUUAGCCUGACACAAGAAGAGGAAGCCGCCCUCCUUCCUCCCUCAUUCAAAGUUUUCAUAUUGAACGACUGUGGCGAUCUCAACAAAUUGAGGCUUGGCCACCCCUACCGCUCGACCUUCGACUUUCUUCCUACAACCGAUCCUCACCGUCCAUCUUCAAUGUCACACAAAUUUUCUUGGUUCAGAUCACAUAAUAUUCUUGGGACCUUCUUCCUCGCUUAAAACCUGGUUAUUGUCGUUUGUGAGUUGUGCUGCGAACCUCUCCGACCAAACUCCGAAGCCCUGCCUCCGCCGUCGAUACCGAAACCCUAAUGUAGGCGGGCUAGUGCUUCCUAGGAACAAUCGAUUCCAUCUUAUUUUGUCAUGGCACAUUUGAGGUUUUCUCCCAUUGCGAUCGAUCGUCUUUGAAUUUGCUUAGGAGAUUACAGGUAUGUGUCGGAUCUAUGGAGGAAGAAACAAUCGGAGCGGUUCUUGUAGCGGGAUCAGGUGGUGGGAGUAUCGCCAGCUACCGUCGAUUCAUCUUCUCUGAAUUUGCUUAGGAGACUACUAGUAUGUGUCUGAGCUAUGGAGGAAGAAACAAUCGGAUGUGAUGCGGUUCUUGUAUGCCAUCCACCAUCCAUCGUUCGUGUCAGCCGAUGGACCCGCCCCGACAAGGUUCGGCGACUCGGUUACAAAACCAAGCAGAUGCAGGGAUAUGCAUUUAUUGUGUCUGAGUUAGAUGUGGUGGGAGAAAGAGGCCACAGCCAAGGGUAACGUCCAUGACAAGUCCAAAUCAGCGUAUUCCCGAACUUAAAUUCCUAAAAAGCUCCUACUUAAAUUCCUAAAAAGAGGAGCUGGAAGGAAGUUGGUUGGCCUUUUGUUGUAUCUUCAAAUUGUUCGUGUGUUUAUUUUUUUAUGGAUCUCGAUGUCAUGUUUUGCAUUUAACAGGAUUCAACUUACAAGUACUGUGAACUUAUCCUUGUCAAUGCUGCUCAUAGUGCAAUUCGGGAUGACCCUAGGAUCAACGUAAGGUGUGCACAAACAUAGGGGGGAGAGCUCCAUGAUCUCACUUCUGCUGGCAAUAAGUAUUGUUGUCUUUGUGGCAAAGGUCAUCGUCAUCACAAGGCGAGACCAUCUCGCAGAACAACCCAGAAGAGGAAUCAAACAUUGUCUCUCCACGGAUAUCUUUUACUUCCUUGUUUGGCUGUUAUUAGUGAACUUGAUGAGGAGCUGAAGCUAUUUCUACUAUUUUGGUAUUUGCCCAGAUUGCUUGAUAAAACUUCAAACUUGUAAACAUGUUUUCAGAGUCAUGCGAUUCAUCCAUACAAUGUUUUGUUUAAUCAAACCAUUUCUUUUGAUA